GAAAAGGCUGGUCGCAGUGCUAUUGAAGGGUACUAUGACAGCCGAGUUGAGAACUCUUAUAUCUCUUCGGAAACCCGUCUGGGUUCUAUCACUCUGAAGUUCGACUAAUGCUAUGUUAUCCAUUAUUGAGCUCUGUAUAAAUAAAAAUUAUAUGCCUCUUUGCCAAAAUCCCCCAAAAUAUUGCUGCUUUAAAAGUGUGACAGGGAAAAUGCUGGCAUGGAGAAUUCAAGUCACGCUUUGGGAACGCGCGUGCAGUAUUCAGCGCCGAGCGACCUUUUACUCUGAAAUCAAAAUGGUGAAAGUAUCUGUGAAAUGGAGCGGCAAGAAGUUUGAUGACCUCGACCUUGAUACUUCAGAGUCCCCCGAGCUCUUUAAAAAUCAGAUCUAUUCAUUGACUGGCGUCCCUCCCGAGAGACAAAAGAUCAUGAUCAAAGGAGGCAUUAUGAAGGACGACACUGAUUUGAGCAAGCUGAAUGUCAAAGAGGGCCACACCUUCAUGAUGAUGGGAACUGCUGGAGAGCUACCUAAAGCUCCUCCCAAGCCUGUUGUAUUCUUGGAAGACAUGAGUGACAAGCAACUGGCACAAGCACUUGAUAUCCCUGCCGGUCUGGAAAAUCUAGGCAAUACUUGCUACAUGAAUGCUACUUUGCAAUCUUUGCGAGUAAUGCCAGAGCUACACACUGCUCUCGAUAGAUAUCAAGGCGGUAUAACUGGGAUGGAUGCAAGGGGUAACUUAACAGCUAGCUUGAGGGAUUUGUACAAACAAUUAAGCAGCACUACCGAAGGAUUUCCACCUCUGAUAUUUUGGCAGAUGCUUCGCCAGGCAUUUCCACAAUUUUCUCAGUCCGGAGCUGGUGGAAUGCCUAUGCAACAGGAUGCUGAGGAAUGCUGGGGUGAAUUGAUCUCGGUCCUCAAAUCGAAGCUACCCGCCGAUUCUGCUUCAAAUCAGACGUUUGUCGAACAGUACAUGACCGGUCGAUUGACUAGCGAACUGAAAUGUAUUGAAGCGCCUGAGGAACAACCAGUCAUAGAUACAGAAACCUUCAGCAAGUUAGACUGCCAUAUUUCCAUAUCUACCAAUUUCAUGCAAAAUGGUAUUCAGGAUUCGUUGAAGCAAGAUAUUGAGAAGCACUCGGCCACAUUGGAUCGCACAGCUCAAUACCAGAAAAUCUCAAAGGUUAGUCGGCUUCCGCAAUACCUGGUGGUCCACUUCAUUCGUUUCUUCUGGAAACCAUCUGAGCGAGUCAGGGCAAAAAUUUUGCGAAAAGUCAAGUUCCCACUUGACUGGGAUGCAACCGAAUUAUGUACACCAGAACUACAGAACAAGUAUAGCAAAAUCAAGGAAAAACUCCGAGAGGUAGACGACAAAAAGCUAGAGCAAGAACGAGAGCGUAAGAAGAGGAAAACUCAAGAGGACGAUCUUGCUGAAGAAAAAACUGAUAAUACUGCUACGGCCAGCACGUCGAUGGACGUCGAUACUAGCUCACAAAAAGUUGAUUGGAAUGAAUUUAUUGACCAAGGUCUGAAAAACGACGUUGGUGCAAAUGUAACAGGACAAUAUGAAUUAUGCUCUGUUCUCACUCACGUUGGCCGAUCUGCUGACUCAGGACAUUAUAUUAGCUGGGUUAAGAAGGGAGGCAGCGAGUGGCUCAAGUAUGAUGAUGAUAAAGUGUCGAUCGUCAAAGAGGAAGAUAUUCAAAAACUAGAUGGCGGUGGUGACUGGCCCAUGGCUUACAUUGUGCUUUACCGCGCAAAGAAGUUGGAUUAAAAAAAAAAAUUACUACUUUUUUCCCUUUCGUGAAAUAAAAAUUUCACAAUUACAUGACUGAACCAAAAACGCGUCUUAUUCCCGAAAUUGUUCCU